UUCUGCACUCUAAAAUCUCUCUUUUCAGUUCAGUGUUUUCAUUUUAUUGUAAUAACACCAAAAAUUCUACUACUACCAUCAUUUUAACCUCACCUCUAUUAUUACCCUUCAUAAAAUCACCCCAAAAUUUAAAAAUGGAUCUCUCAACACCAAAUUACUAUCAACCCCCAUCUUUCUAUGCAUCAUCCCAAAUGGAAUCACAAGAAAGGAAAACAAAGGUGAACCCAUUUGCAGAAGCAUUGAAUAACAAUAAUGAAGACCCAAUUUGUAAACUAAACCUAAAAGAAACAUCAGAUUUUGUCAAGUCAUUACCAAUGAGUUUCAAUAAUGGGACUCAAAGAAGAAGAGAAAAUUUUGGGAAUAGAAAAUUGGAGGCUCCAUUAACACCAGGAAGACCAAUUUUUAGUUUCAGUGUGUCAAGAAAAAGUGUUCCUUCAAAAUGGGAUGAUGCUGAGAAAUGGGUCUUUAAUGGUGGUGGUUCUUGCCACGAAUCUCCUGCACAUCAUGAUUUUAAUACGAGUAAUUAUUAUAAUCAUGUUAUUAAGCAAAAUGAGAUUAUUAAGAGUUCUAAUUCAAAAGAAAUUAUUAAUGAAGUAAUUGCAGAAAAAUUUAGGGUUUUUGAGGAAGGGAAGAUUUCAAAUGGUGUCACUAUUCCUGCUGAUUUGCCUCUAAAAGACAAAUUCACAGAUGAAAUAGGUCCUUAUAUGAGCAAUAUCAGAUAUUCAAAACCCACAAAAGAAGCAUUUUUAUUCAAAACCCAAAAACAUGGUAACAAUGAGGGUAUGACUGAUGCAUGCACAGAAAUAAUCCCAAUUCAUGAGGUAAAACACAGAGAUAUUGGCACUGAAAUGAGUCCCUUAGGGAGCAAUACAACCUCAAGGUGCCAUACACCCUUCAAGAGUAGCUCCCCUGCCCGUCACAAUACUCCGACUAGCCGCUCCGGUCCGCUGGCUUUGACAGACCAGUCUACUAGCUCAAUUGACAUGGCUCAACUACAAGAAUGUAACUUUUCUAAGCUACAAAUUGGGUCAACCAAAUUCGACUCGGUUACGACUAAUUGGAGCUCAAGAGAAGAGGAGGAAGAAGAAAUAUCAAAGAGUUUGAGGCAUUUUGAAUUUGGGAGGAGAAGUAGUGUUUCUAUCAAUGAAACUAGGGCUUGUCCUAAUUGGGAAGAUGAAGAAAAUGCUAAAUUUUGUCUUAGGUACCAAAGAGAAGAGGCCAAAAUUCAUGCAUGGUUAAAUCUUCAAACAGCCAAAGCAGAAGCACAAUCAAGAAAACUAGAGGUGAAAAUACAAAAAAUGAGAUCAAAUUUAGAAGAAAAGUUAAUGAAAAAGAUGGCAAUAGUUCAUAGAAAAGCAGAGGAAUGGAGAGCAGCUGCGCAAGUUGAGCAUUGUGAGCAAAUCAAAAGAGCAAGUGAACGUAGCCAGAAGCUAAUUUUCAAUCAUCAAAAUACUAAUCUCUCUUCUCACAUUAUUUCUUGUGGUUGCUUUCCUUGUUCUUCUAAUUAAUUAGUUGACCCAAUUAUUAAAUUUUUAAUUUAGUAUUAUUAAUAUUUGUUACUAUUUAUGCAUAUGUCCAGUUGAGCUGACUUAAUUGAUAAUAAUGUCUUAAAUACUAUUACUCUCUUUUAUCUUUCU